CUCAACUACACAAUGGAGUGUAAACGAGUGGGAUAAAGAUACGGGAGAUUUAUUUACUAAUGACAGGAUUUAACACCAAUAUUACAGACGACAGUGUUGAUUUACUCUUUAGUCAUAGACCUGACAUCAUCUUACAGUGUUACUUAUAAGAGUUACCUACGUGCUCCAGGGCUGUGGUGUUGAGCCGUGAAUCUGUCCCACAUCUGGACCCACAGCACCGGAUGGCCGCCUCGACAUUGAGCUGACACUAAAAUCAGUACCUCAGGGAUGUCUGUGGAUUUGGCUGGUCCACCCUCUCCCACUCCGUCCCUCAUCGAGGUGAAGGAAGAGACUCGUUUGGUGUUGAAGAGUUUUCUCGGUCAUGUUCUUGCUUUCGCUCCUGAAGAUCGACCGGGGAGAAUCGGGGGAGAAUAUCAUGACCCCAACAAGUACAGACACAGUGUGGUGCCAAAAGAGAUGCAGAGGCAAGAUGAAAGCGGAUGGGAUUCUCUGGAUGAGAAGAUCAGUGCUGCGGAGGAGAAGAAACACGGCAUCAAAAAUCUGAUAAAGAGGCGUCUGAGGCCACGCCCCUUUUCUCAACGACACACCAACAAGGACGCCAGCGCUGACCAAUCACAGAACGGCUCUGUGUCUAACCAGGGAGAAGUUCCAGCUCCAGUGAAGAAAAAUGUAGCUUCAGGGUCACAGGGCUAUACAGAGGAUGAAAAACUCUCGGCAUCUGACGAGGAUGGAGAGCGGAAAGCAAACGAAAAAAAGAAAAAGAAGAGCAAACUGAAGCUGGUGGAACUUUUUAAGAAAAAAAGCACAAAGAAAGAUGAGUCGCGUCCCCAGCGGCCGUCGUCACUUCCUGUGAAAGUGGAUGUGGGGUCAGUUAAAACUCCGCAGUCGCCAACGCACCCUCCUGAGUUCUACAAUGGCGUGGCAAAAAAACUGGACCGAAUCGCUCAGCAAAGCGUGAAGAGAAAAUCGCCGACUAAACCUGAACCCAUCCAGCCCAGAGAAGACAAUAAAGAAGCCAUCGUACAGCAGCUCGUCCACAUACUGACAACGGAAGGAGACAGCAUUAAUGAGAAGAUUAAAGCUAAUCCUCUGCUGCAUAAGUCUCUGAGCCGGAUGUCCUACGCUUCGCCACGCUACUCGACUCCUGUGCCAACGAAGCUGUAGACCAGCCCCUUCCUGUGUCCGAGAGCCCCACCUUGCGGCGUGUGGCCAUCACCAUGGAGAUGACCAGACGGGUCGUCAUGACGACGGGCGUGACGCAGCGUGUGGAAGGAUAUGCUGGGCGCUACAUGGAGAACUUCGCUCCCUGGGUGAAGAGUCAGGGAGGAUGGGAAAACAUUGUGCAGAAGGAGGUGCAGGAGUUCGACUAACUGCAUUGAACAAUUACUGUAUGAUGGAGCUCACUGUGUGUGUGUGUGUGUGUGUGUGUGUGUGUGAGCUGUGAACACACCGAGCUGCAUGUAAACACUACUGAUGACACUUUUCUUGUCUCUUUUAUACAGUCGUCUAUUUUAUGAUUGAAUGUUGAAUGUUUCUUUUUUAAUGUGCUGGGAGUUUUUUUUUUAACCAAAAUAGAAGUAAAAAUAAAAUAAUAUUAAUAAUAAAAUAAAAUUAUAAUCUGU